AUGCUGAAAAUUACAGGCACAGGGUACCGAAGAAACAAAUGCGAGGACUACGAAGAUGACAAUUCGAAGGAGAACAAUUCUCUUUCUGUUAUGGCUCCUGAAUCGACCACUAGCGUACAUGAACAGUUCACCCAACCAAAUUCAAACUCUGCUAGUGGUGAUAUCCAAAGAAAGCUAAACGAGCACAUCCUACAAUUAAAGGAAGAAGUUCAAUGUUUAAGCCUGCGAACAAAUAUUACCCCUAAGGAAGCUCAUUUACUAAGCGCGAAGCAAGAAUUGUUGAGCACGCUCAGCGAGGACAAACUUUCAAGCGAUGGCACAUAUCAACCUCCAAAAGAAUACACAACGGAAAACGGAAACUUAGAUCGUAAGAGAAAACAGGAAGUGCUUAAACGGCUGUACGAAUAUAGUGAUAGCUUUAGAGAGAAAAGGACUCGACAGGAUAAUCAAUGGGAAAUUGAUCAGCUCAAGAAGGCACAGGAAAUCGUAUCCUCCAACCCAGAUCAAAUACAGCUCACCAAUCAAAAGGAGUACGAAUAUGUCUUUGAUGAAUCACAACUGGUCGAUUAUUCUGAAAGUGCCGAGCUACCUGGAGAAGACAGUGCGACUCAUGAAAAACCCACACACUCAGAUAUACAAGCGGUACGGAAGAGUCUACCGGCUUUCAAACAACGGCAAUCAUUUUUGGAUGUAGUCAAAUCCAAUCAAGUGGUCAUUGUUGUCGGUGAGACUGGAUCCGGUAAGACAACGCAACUUCCACAAUACUUGUAUGAGGAGGGCUAUCAUAAGAGAGCUGGAAAGCAAAAGAUAUUGAAGAUUGGCUGUACUCAACCUAGACGAGUUGCUGCAACAUCAGUUGCUCGUAGAGUUGCCGAAGAAGUUGGAUGUAGUUUGGGAGACGAGGUCGGCUACAGUAUACGGUUCGAAGAUCAAAGCUCCCAGGUCACAGCCAUCAAGUAUCUCACUGAUGGUAUGCUUCUCCGUGAAUUUAUGACUGACCCAAUGCUUACCUCUUACAGUUGCUUAAUGAUUGAUGAAGCUCAUGAGCGAACAGUCUCUACAGAAAUUGUCUUAAGCUUGCUCAAAGAUGUCAUUAAAGAGAGACAGGAUUUACGGCUCAUCAUCGCUUCUGCUACUAUCAAUGCCUCGAAAUUUUCGGAUUACUUCAAUCUGGCACCGAUUUUCAAGAUCCCGGGAAGACGGUUUCCUGUUACCAUUGCGUACACUAAAAACCCUGAAGCAAACUACAUUCAAGCGGCAAUUACCACGGUUUUACAAAUUCAUAUGAAGCAGGAACUACCGGGCGACAUUUUGGUUUUUCUUACGGGGCAAGACGAAAUCGAAACUAUGGAAGAAACCUUAAACGAGGCGAGUCGCAAACUAGGAAAUCUGAUCAAACCUCUUAUCGUUGCACCUAUUUAUGCUAAUCUCCCACCCAAACUUCAGGCAAGAAUCUUUGAGCCGACUCCAUAUAAUUCCAGAAAAGUUGUUCUUGCAACAAAUAUUGCCGAGACCUCCAUUACCAUAGAUGGUAUCAAAUUUGUCAUCGACACCGGAUAUGUAAAAGAGAAUGUAUUCAAUCCGGCAACAGGUAUGGAGAGCUUGGUAGUUGUCCCCUGCUCCCGGGCUUCUGCUGACCAAAGAGCUGGCAGAGCUGGAAGAGUAGGUCCUGGAAAAUGCUACAGACUUUUUACGAAAUGGUCAUUCUAUAACGAGCUUCCCGAGAAUGGGACACCUGAAAUAUUGCGAGCAAAUCUCAGCUCCGUGAUUCUUCUUCUUUUGUCUAUUGGGGUAUCUGACUUGAUAAAUUUCGACUUCAUGGACCCCCCAAGUCAUCAAACAUUGAUAAGAUGCCUCGAAUUAUUAUACUCGUUAGGAGCACUCAACGUGAAAGGGCAGAUAACGGAAACGGGACAAAAAAUGGCGAAAUUUCCAAUGGAUCCGAUGUUUUGUAAAGCAAUUUUAACAAGUGUUGAGUACAACGUGAAAGAUGACAUCUUAUCAAUCAUUUCGAUGCUUUCGGAAUCAUCGAGUCUAUUCUACAGACCGAAAGAUAAAAAGGAACUAGCUGAUAAGAUGAGAGAACGCUUUUUUCACGAGGCGGGUGAUCAUUUGACUUUGUUGAAUAUCUGGCACCAAUGGCGAGACAAUGGGUACUCGAACCUUUGGUGUGAAGACCAUUUCCUACAAUACAGAACUUUAAAAAAAAUAAGGGAAGUCAGAAAUCAAUUGGAGAAGUUGUGUCAAAAGGUGAUUCCGGUAUUCCCGGUUGUUGGCGAGUGUACACCGGACAUCUGUUCAGUUCAAAAAGCGUUGAUGAGCGGCUUCUUUCCAAAUAUUGCUAAGCUUUCUAAACUAGGUAAUAGCUACACACUGCUCAAAAAGAAUCAACCGGUUUACCUUCAUCCAUCCUCGAGGCUUUUCUCAGUUAAACCACCUCCAAAAUACGUUCUCUAUCACGAGCUUGUAUUGACUAGCAAGGAGUACAUGAGAAAUUGCAUGGUUAUCAAUGAGACUUGGAUAGACGAAUUGGCAGGUCAUUAUUAUCAAAAGCAGAUUCAAAACUAA